AUGAAUUCGAUCGGCCACGGCUACUUCUUCCACCACACCGACCAUCAUCACCAUGACGAUCACGAGCAGCACGUCAACGAUAAUCUGCUGCAAGCUCCGGUGAGUCCUUGCCUCUUUUUCUCAUCUUUGUCCCUCUCCCAGAAUUCGUUCUCCGUGUGUUCUUUCUUCUUUCGUCUUCAAAGAAAAGAGAACAAACUAUAUAAGGGCGUCCUGACAGAGAAAAGCUGAAAAAAGCGUGCGCCUUCCCCGCUAUUCUCGUUCACUUUUCCUACCCCGCUUGUCACUUUCAAGGUACUCUUUCUCUUCAGAAAAUCUCUCUGCGCACCAUGAGCAAGAGCGACCCGCACCUCGACAUUCCGCAUUUGCUCGUUAGCCAGGACGCAGGUAUGUCCAUACUUGUUGACCGUGCCAAACCGUGAUUCCCAUAAAUUUUGUUAUUGUCACUAGGAGGCCCGCCUUGUUUUUGUCCUUCCCACCCUCUCUUGUUCCCACUUUCCCUUUUUUUCUGUCAAAACAGAGUCAGCUACUCACAUCUAUCUCUGAAUUCCGAAAUUUUCGUACGAAAUCUUUACUCUUUGCUGAGAAAAAUGGACCCGAGACUUCAUAAAUUCUUGAUGACCAACCAAUUUUCAAAGCACCGAGAUCAUUCUGAAUGUAAACUUAGCAAAAUAGAAACGCUUCAACGGCUCGUUGAUCGGCACGAAACAUCAUUUUCAGCUCAUCCAUCGCUUAACAAAAUCAUGUCCAACUUGCAACACGUCCACGAAGGACUCAAGACUCCGGUCGCUUCUCAUCCAGAUCUGCAGGUCAGUAUGAAGUGGAAUUUCAAGAAAAUACGAUAAUGAAAUACCGAACAACAGCAUGAGAAUCUCAUUUCGCUGUUGACUGCUCUAAAUUCUCCGAUUUCUUUCUGAUCUUUUCGAGAAAUAGUCGAUACUUAGACGCGAGACGCUGUCAUUUUCAGGCUCUGCGCCGCGAAAACGAGCUCCACGACAAGUCUAUCGGGUCAGUUGCUUUUUUGUUUUUCUGGUCGCUCUUCCAGUUCCGCAUGCUUAGUCUCUCAUGAAUGUUUAUCGGAAAGCAUGACGUAGAAGAGGAAAGCAUAUUUCCCAGAAACGCAGGCGCGGCGACGAAAUCUGAGUUCAAACAAUGCUUUUUCCGAGGCGGGAACCGAGAAAUAAGUGUUUGGGCACAUUUCCGUUUGUGUGCGCUUUUAAUUUUUUGUUUUCCUUUUUCUCAUUGAGUCAAUUCCGUUUUAGGAGAAUGCCCUUUGUGUUGUGCUCAAAGUGCGAGCUCAUAAGGGCAUUGCCGGCGCGCGACUUGCUAAUCACUUUGUUUUUGGCUGACUUCUUCAAAUAGCAGACACAGAUCAUUGUCAACAAGACUGAAGAACUAUUUCCUGUAUGGAAUGUGCUUUUCAAACUGUACGAGCUUGUUUACUUGCAGAGUUAGUCAUGAAUGGGAGGGGAGUAAUCUGAAAAUCCUAAUCAGAUAUUCUAAUAAGCUUUUUUGAUAAGGUCUCAGGAAAUGAGGCAUCAGUGAUAAUCCGUUGAGCCGUUGAGCUGUGAUUCCCCGUAUAAAAGAGACAUUCGAGAAAUAUCUCAUCAGUUUGUAGUCAACGCACCGGUCACCCUUAUCAAUUGCCCUUUUCUCUCACUCUCAAUUCAGCAAUUGAUAAGAGAGAAUCGCCGAAAAACUUCCCUGCACACGGAGAUUUCCCCCCAACGUUUUUCCUUCCGCACCACACCCGUCGUCGACGUCGUCGCCGUCUAUGUGAUUUUUCGAACCAGUGACGAUUUGCGGUCGCGAGACGAUUGAUAUGUCCAGGAAACCCCUUUCAUUCAAGUCAUAAACAUCGUAGACCGCGUGGCGAGGGAAAGAAGACGUCAAGUACGGUAGAGCGUCUGUCGUUGACAGCGGCAAAGUGGGGAAACACCGGAAGUCACAGAUUUAUUGUUAUUAUUUGGAUCUCAGAUGACAAAAGAAAAAGAAUGUGAACACACUGAAAGUCCCCCGGUGCGCCCGUCCUCGCUCAAGAGCAACGCAGGUCAAGAGCCUCUUUGAAAGUUUGAACUCGGCCGAUUUUUUUGCUCGUUUGCUUGCUGUUGGCGAUGACCUCGCCUCCGUGCCUCCUCCGUUUUCCUUUCCUCUCAGAAAAGUUUUGCUGAGCUGCACGUUUCCUGCAAAUGUUCCCUGCCCUACAGCUGAUCUCAUCGCAACGCCGUUCGUUUUGGUUCGGAAAUUACAGUAGGCUCGUUUUGCUGGUUUGAUCUCCACAAUCCCCCUCCUUCUGCCCUCGUCCCUUAUCUUUUAUCUGCAAACACUUGGGAAAAACAACAAAAAACGUCGACGGGCGGAAUGGGGGAAUACUCUUCGCUUUCACUCUCCUGAUGUCCUCGCGUGGCGAGAGAAUUGCAUCAGAAUCAUCACCGGUCAUAUGUUCGAAAGACCAAGAACAAGAUCUUUUUGCAUUAGUAAGGAAUGCAAAAAAAAGGAUUUGAUAGGAACACGGAGCACACAGAACAAGAAUUCAGCGGGUGGUAAACAAAAAGCCUGGAACUGAUGCUUGGCCCAUUUUUCUGGUUGUUUUUCAUUUUGCUUCCUGUUUCGCAGCUUCCUGGUUGCAUUUUUCCGUUCCUGCGGGUAUCCACAGUUCAUUUCUUGACACCCACAUGCUAAUUGCCUGUUUUUUGUUCUACCCGGGUGUCAACAAUUUUAGUUUUCAACCUGUUGACCCGUCCAACGAGCGUUCUUCACCCUCCCAGUCUGAAAUUUCUCUGUUUACGACUACUUCCUCUUUGAUUAAUGACUUCUGCUCGCUUUCCCUCUGCUUUGAAAACCAUCACUAUGCACCCAAACGACCCCGCCGGUCAUAAAAUAUUCUCGUUUCUCGAUUCCUUUCCGAACAGAUAAAAAUAGCCGUCUCACUUCCGAUUGACUGCGCGAAACACGGAAUUUUUGGGUGUUUUCUUGACUCAUUGAGUGAGAAUGAUGCUAUCUUUUGCAAGAAUUAAGGAAUCGAAUGAUGGAAAUGUGAAAAGCGUGCAGUAGUAGUCAACAAGGCUAUUUUAGCAUCACUUGUUGGUUUUCCGAACAAUGAUGCAGCUAGAUCAGCAGAAAACAAGAGACCGAUUGGUAUGGACAUGCUUCAGUUGAUGAUCGCUUGUUCUUUUAUCGAUCACCGGGAGUAAACAUGUACACACUGAGACGAAUUGGAAACAAAGGUUCCGGUUUCCUUACUCUGCAAAUUCUGGAUGGUUCUCCAGACGUUUCAAUCGACCUGAAUUUGGUUUUCAAGUGACAGUUUGCCAUAGUUCACGUUUCUCCUUCUGUCCCCUUCUGAUCUUCGUCGUACGAUCAGAACGUUUGGCGCCGUAGUCAGACACCACGUGUGUACGCCGGAUGUUUCGUCACAAUUAGAUGUCACGUGGUGACUCGGUUUGCACGUAGCUACUUCCCGGGAGGUGUGUCCCAAGCGCAUAUGUGAGCGAGGACGAACAACUUGUGAUGUCAGAGAAAACGAGACACGACCACGUGGGCCUUCUGGGUUCAGCAUACACUCAGAAUACACUGUGACUAUGUAGUUGUACACAAUGGAAUCAAAUUGGAGCCUAACGGAAAGGGGCAUGUAUUGCGGGGACUACGAUUUGUUCAAAUAAACAUUCGCUGGCCGCGCAGAACGAAAAAAGAGACGACUCAUUCAGCUGCUCUUUCGCAAUUCUUUGCUCAUUGCCUUUUCGUCAGUGACGAAUUGUGACGAGGCCCAGCAAACAGUGCAGUUUCUGCUCCCUCUGAAGCUUUCCUUGUCGUUAUGUCCGAUGAUGACAUGGAACCCAACGUUCUGCUAGCUGUUUAUGCUUAUUUUUGCAUCCUCUCAAAUUGCAUCAUGCCACGUCGCCGCCGAAGCCUGCUGUAAUCAAGUUUCUUUGCUCAAGAAGAUUCUUCUCCCGCCAACUGUUAUCGCAACUGCUACCACCCGCCGGAAAAAUUGUUCCUCAUCUUUUGAACUCAAGCUAUCUAUCUAUUUUUUCUUUCUCUCACUCUCGUUAAGCUUCUUUCAAAAAAAUUUCCGUCUAAAGAAAAGCGAUAAGAGUUGGUCAUAAUCAAGUUCAAGAGCCAACAACUGUUUGGGUGAAACGUGGAAAACGAAAACGGAGGUGUUUUUCCCAUUUUGAUCUUUUCAUCUGGCGUUGAAAGAUGACCAAAUUUCAACAAAUCAACGAACGAUAGUUUUUCAUUGACAGCCAACUUAACACGAUCAUAUGUCUCCACGUGGGGUCUCCAGCCACCUACAGAAGAUACAAAAAGCCGUAAAGAGAAAUACCUCCCUAUUUGUUUGCCACUACACAAACCAGCUAGUGCAGAUCAGAAUCCAAGAACACCCCCACAUGUUUCGUAUAAUUUCUCCAUGUCUGCUGUCAUACUGUAUCCGAUCUUGUCUGGCUACAUGAUUUCUGAAUAGUUGGAGACUUGAAAUUGCAUAUUAACGUAGUCGCAUACAUAUGGAAAACUUCAGUUCCUUUCAACAACACGCGACCACAUGCUCCCCUCCGACCAGAAGUCGUUUCUGGGACUGAUAAGUAGAAUGUAAAGUGUAGUGUUUCUUCGCUAUCAAAGGGAGCUGGUCCGAGGACGGUACCCUUCUGAAGUCAAGAAUUAGUGUCGUCACAAAGGAACCAGUUAGUCCCAGAGAACGGUGACAUCACCGAGGCCGUACGCACGCCGCUACACUAUUUCUAAUUCUGAUUCUGAUUCCUGAUGCUAACCGACGCUUCGUCUGUGCAAAUAGCCGCAUUCCACCCAGUCAGCCAAACGGCCUUUAUUCAUUCGUUCAUUCCACUAACUUCUCGCCCAAUUCCUUUCUCCCGCUUCCGCCUCGCCGUCUGAGUGGGUGUACGAACAGUCGUAUGACUCGUCGUCCGGUCUGGGAAGAAUAGAACGAAUUGAGUGUACCUAUGACGUGGUUGUAAGCGGAGGGAAAAAGGUGGGUGCGGGAAAACGGCGACACCGAUAAAAGAAAAGCCUUCCAACCUCGGUGCACUCAAUUUCAACUCGAUUCCCCCGUCAUUCUUAUCGACUGUCUUUCAAAUGCUUUAUCUCCGUUUGAAGAGAACGAAGCUCGCCUGGUAGUGUCACUCUAGCUUAUCUUUUCCGUAUAAUCAGCACUAACUGCCGUCUUAGGUUGAAGUUCAAGAAUCAGAAGAGACGAAACUCUGCAAUAGUUGCAUUGUUUCCGGAUUGCAAGCAAGGAGGAAGGGGCGGAAGCUGCAGAUCAAACAAUUCGCAGCUGGUGUCAAGUUCCGUUGCUCUCUUUCCAAUUGCCCAAACACUUUCGGCGUCAUCAGAAAGUUUCAGUUUCAGCUGGCGCCCCCAGAUGAUUCAAUUCCUCGUUGAGCGUUUGAUCUGCGUGGUGCAUGUUGCGCUGAGCUUUUCUCUAUCCCUUCCUUCUCUCAUUUCUCUUCGGUGACCUCGAAAUCAGCGGAGAGCACACAAUGGCUACGGCCACAGCCACAGACACAAAGUCUCGGCCGAAACCACACCACUUUCUUUUUUUUCCCUCCGUUUCGUCAGAUAGAAUCAUCCCACGUGGGCCUUUUUCUCCGAGCGCCGAGAAACAUGAUGAUAAAACGAGAGAUCGCAGAUGUGAAUGAGGGGUGUCCCGGCCGUGUCAUUGAAAACUGCUAACUCUUGUCUGUGUUUCUCUACGAUCGAAAAGUGUCUUGACAUUUCGUUGCCGCGCCACAACGCCUCUUUCUCUGGGCUCCACCCCUAGCCCUCCCAACCGCAACCGCCAGCCUUCUAUAAAACGGUCUUCGUAGGGCAGUUCAUAUCGGCACCGUCCACCUCCUGACUUUAUAUUCUGUAACUAUUCAUAGUCUUCAAAAUGAACUUUGUCGGAAACAAUCAACUUGAAUCCGGGCUUCACUUCCCAUGCAGGUAAUAUCUCUUCCGAAAACAUAGUUUGUUCGAGUUUUAAUAGUCGGUAUUUCAAAUAGUCAUGCGUCUUUUUCCGCAACACAUUUCGGUGUUUGUGUGGGGGGAGAAGCGUGGGAGGCCUGGCCGCAUGCCAAGAAUGCAGCGCCGCUUUGCAACAAAAAUCGAUUUGGUAGUGCAUGCGAGAGAAGUCGGCACGGCACAUUUUCCCUCGCUUGACUCUACUUUGUAUUUUUUCCACGCUGAGGCGUCAGUAUAGUGUCAGACUGAAACCAUAUUUCCUUCUCCAGUCUUACUCAAUCAAUAGUGCGAGACUUUGGAAGGUCGUUUCGUCUUUCCUACAACCUUCUGAAGACACUUUCCACUUAUCCUUUUCCCUCCAAAAAGUUAUCACCGCACACAGCGCCUGCAGUAUACCUUUCUUCUUAUCAUUCCAAAUCAAACCCAAAAACGUUGCGUUCUUUAUCACACAAACAUCUUUCUCGAUCGGUCUCUCGUUUAGCCAGCCUGACAAUCCAGAAAUAAAAGAGGCCGAGAGACCAGCGAGCAAGUGCGUCGGGUACGUACAAUCGCCGAAAUCGCAUCUGAUAUACGCCGAUGCAUAGAUAAUGAGACCUGUCUGUACCUGAUGGCGGGGCCGGUAUUCACGUGAAUUCACAGUAAUAAUGGCCAUUAUUCACAUGAUGCCAUUCUAAUUUGUUCUGUACUUUAACCUCGUAUCAAAAAACCACAAUUGUGUAUGCAUUGUGACACAAUUGACCACGCCCCCCACUUCGACCCCGUCUUCAAAUGAUCCUCCUACACUCGAUCUUGACCUGAUCAGUCCCUACUCUGUUUAUCACUUUUCUUGUAUUGUCCGUUUUUCAGCUCGGCCGCUCUUCUCUCUCAAGAGAGUUUCGCUCAGCCACCACUCCGCAAAUCGUCCUCGGCCAUCGACUGGAACGGCGCCGUUGUGGAAGCGACUCGCAAGACAUCCAGGGUUCGCGAAUUACCUCACAAUGUGACCUAGAUUUUCAGCAGCCCCACUAGGGGACUGCUGUUCAAAAAUUGGUCCAAGCAACGGUUUCUGAACGCUAAGUACGUGCUUUCCAUCGUAAAUCUUUUUCGAUUCCAUUUUCUUUCUUAUAGAGUUCGAAACCAAAGAAGUUUAUGACAAAAUCAGGGAUAUUGAAACUUUUGAAGACUGAAACUGAAUGCAUCAUUUCAGCAAGUCGACUGGCAAGCCGCCUUGUUCGACAAUAGUCGCAAGACGAGCUUCUCUAAUCUCCAGCCCUUCUCUCAAGCACAUCAGGGUGGACUUGUUAUGACAACUUUGGACAACAAGCAAGGAAUGUCCGUUGCCACUGCUCAGAUGCCACAGCAACAGAACCACUUUGCCCAGACCCUUGCCCAGUCGGCCAGCACUGCUUCUGCUCCAGCAGCCACUUCGGCACCGGUCCCGGAGGCAGUUGCCAAUCAGCCAAGAGUGAGUUUAUGAUGUUAUUCUAUAGAAAAAGCAACCAGCACUUGAUAUAAACAAUAGACAUUCUGACAGAAUGGUAGCAAUAUAAACUUUUUCAGGGAUCCCAUUUAUUCGGAGGUGUCUUCCACCGCGGGUUCUUCUCGAAGCCAGUCGAGAGAUCAGACGAAGAAAACUACCGCUAUCUGAUGGCUCUUGAUCGUUAG